AUGUCCAAGAGCCGCUCGCUUCCACCUGCACUCAAGCAGCUGCUGCAGCAGCCUACGUUUCCAGCACGAGCUUCGCGGCUGUCGGCAUCCAAACAGCUGCCGGCCGGUCGAUCGGCCAAUCCCACACCGACGCCCAAGCUCACGGGCGUCAGCCAGCAUUUCCAGAGCUUGCAGGCCGAGGCCAAGCAGAAGGGUCUGGGCUGGGGAGAAUGGCUCUCGAUCGCCACUGCCACGCUCUUCACCCUCAACAAUCCCGGCAGCCUGCAGGCGCUCCAUAAGUUUGCGGCGGGAGACAAGGCCAUCAGCCUCGAGCACAGGAAGCAGGUGGCGCUGCUCAUGCGCGAGACCGGCCUCAAAUGCAUCGGAUUCAUCGGCAUCCCCAAGGUGAUCAACAAUCUCGCUGCGCUCAGAAAGGCGGUUGAGGAGGACGCGGAGCUGGUCAAGGCCCUCCCCACCGAACCGAGGAGACAGAUCAAAUCGGAUCGAGUCGAAGCGGUGCACAAGGCUGCAUACAGUCUGUGGGACGACAUCUACACGCCUCACUCGGACAAGCUGCUCAAGAUCCUCGGCACCUCGCAUCCGGAUCUACCCAUCUUCAUCGUCGAGUCCGAGUACGGCCCUCUCUUCUCGUCGCCGGCGUCGUUCACGCUGCCCUCGGAUCCCGAGUCGGCGCGAGUGGAGCCAGAAUGGGACGUCAACCGUCUGCGCACCUCGCUCGUGGCCAUCUCGGCGCUUCGAGCCCAGGGCGGCGUGGGUCCGCAGGUGACCAGCCACGUCUGGGGCUUGCUCAAGGCCCGGGACUCGAUCAAGCCCAAUGAUGCCGCCAAGGCCGGUCUCGAGUGGCUCACCACCGAGGAAGGCGCACUCUGGGUCGUUCGCACUGUCGACAGCAUCUGUGAGGCAGUGGAAGGAGCAGAAGAGUUCGAGGGCAUGGGCAAGGAGAGCAAGCUCUAG